AUGUCAAACGCUAGUUUUCGCCUGGAAUCCUUUCGGCCAUGGAAUCCUUUCCAGGACAAAUCCCAGCCUCUGCGAGAUUCUCUCGAUAUUUGCCGCUACCCAAGUCCUGUCUCGAUGACUCCCACCCCACCUCCCUCCAAUCCUGUCGACCCCGUCUCCAAGAGUCAAUAUAUUCAUGCUCACGAACCUGGACGGCAUCCUAUUCCUGACCGCCCGCCGUUGGAGGUUUGCUUGGAUGAUGGCCUGCAUUCUGACGCACAACCCACUCGACACGAGCCGGAGAAUUUGCGCUUUACCACCUUGACCAGUCCUCACGCCGAGACCUUCGACUCUGAAGACGUUUUGCAGUUGCAAGACCUACCGAGCGCUGAAGAUAUCGAUUCUGCUCCAAUAUCCGAUAAUGGUUGUCUGGGUGCUGAGCAUCGAUCCCCCGGUUUUGAAUCGUGCGACUUGGACCCUGGCGUUAUUUUGGAAGGUCAUAAUACAAUUGUAGAGAUCCUGCUCGAUGCUGGGGCCGAUGUUAACGCCCAGGGUGGUGAAUACGGCAAUGCUCUACAGGCCGCUGCUGCAUUGGGUGGAAGUCCUGAGAAAGUCAAGAUCCUGCUCGACGCCGGGGCCGAUGUCAACGCCCAGGGUGGUCAACAUGGAUCUCCUUUCUUGGCAGCUAUUUACUCGGGCCACGCUGAUCUUAUUGAAAUCCUUUUUCAUGCCGGCGCAGAUAUUGGCCUUGCAGAUGCGCUCGAUCAGACCCCUCUUCACAUUGCAGCUUUAAAAGAUAUGGCUCACCUUCUCUUUCGAUUUCCGCAACUUGCGUCAGCUAUCAACAAGCGCAACAAGCUCCUGCAAACCCCUCUCCACUUGGCUAUCUGCUUUGGCCACAUCCACUUUGCUAUAAAACUUCUUCAUCUUGGUGCCGGCCCUUCUCUUCCAGACGGCUAUGGCAGACAUGCUAUGGACUGGCAAGGAACUUUGAUGCGGGAAAUACUUGAACGUUGUCCUCGGCUCUCAUUGACACCUCAUAAAAUUCAAGAAUCAAUUGUACAACAAUCACUCUUCUACCUCUCCGAUCAUCUUCGCAAGUCAUUUGGGCGAGACAUUCCAUUAGAUGGAGGUGCACCGGUAGAUUUUGCGUUGCUUUUCGCCGACGCCGCGCUUGUACCUAGCGACGGCAACGCUUUCUAUUUCGGUCCUAUUCGGUGA